AUGGUCCAAAAGUCCAUCAGCUUGGUCCACAGAUGGUCCAAGUACUCAGGCUGGGAGCACCCCACGGUGGAGAGGAAAACAUCAGUCUCUGACUGGGCCAAAGCAGAGAAGGACUCCUGGUUCCGUCGGCUGCCCCAUUUCCAGUUCAAGGAGAUAAAGGAGAGGCGCAAACGCCAGCAGGAAAGGCUGGGCCCGGGAACGUACAACAUCAGGGACUUUCUGCAGGAGACACGGUCCUCCAACCGCCGGGGGAUCUGCGACACCAGGGAGCCGCGGUUCGGAUAUGCCAGCAAGGACUGCUUCCCCCCACCUGGCACAUACGGCCUGCAGGGGAACCCCUAUGCCCGACUGGAGGAGAGGGCCAAGCGCUCCACCUGCACACGAGGGCUGAUGGACAGCAGGACUCCAAAGUGUGUCCUGCCGGCAGUCCUGGGCAGCGGCCUGGGACCCGGCACCUACCAUCUGCGGAGCAGCAUCGGUGAGACGCUGCAGAGGGCGUGCGGCUCCAGCCGGCGCGUCUUGAAGGACAAGUCGAAGCCUGUCAAGAGUGUCCUUCACAUCUUUGGGGAGAGGAGAGACGCCAAGCUGAGUGCUGGCACUGUCAAGAGUUUCGUGGAUGAGCUGAUGUUGAAGGAGAACAAGAAGAAAGGCUGCUUCAGCACCCUGCCGAGGAACCCGCGCUGCCCUACAGAGAGGAUCUUCUGGGCCACGCUCAGCCAGUGCCCAAAGAAGGUGCACACAGUGGGGCCAGGCUCAUACGACCCAAAGCCCAUUGAAAGAUCAGUGUACUCCAGCAAAGCUCCUUUCCAGUCGUCUGCCAAGAGAUUCGACAAAAUGUACUACCGCCUCUUCACUGGGAAUGAGCAGCAUCUUCAGCACAUUACAGAGCCGGUGCAGAACCCUGUAUGUGUUGGUCGCUACGACAUCACCAAGCAUGAAAAAUACCCUGAGAAGAUGAGAUACCAGUCCCUGUACCGGAACGACAGGCAGUACUACCUGAGCUACCCAAAGUGAGAUGCCUACAUGUUGCCUGUUGCUAAAAACAACUGGAGUGCUUUGAUUUCUGCUCCGCGUUGUCCAGACACCUCUGCAGAACUCCCUGCUGUUUCCCGGACAUGA